UGGGGCAACUUCUUUUGGACACCGAUCUGCCAUCUGGUAGCACUGCACUGGUACGAUCAUAACAGUUCAUAGCGGUAGCCGGUAGCAUUUGUAGCGUCGUUAUUCGAGAUUAUCAAUUACCGUGUUUAACCUGAAGAAUGGCGGCCUGUAUUAAUGGUGUGUUCAGUAAAAAUUUACAAAAUGAAAUACUUCAAAGUAAAGUACUUAUUGUGGGUGCUGGUGGUAUAGGAUGCGAGAUAUUAAAGAAUCUCGUUAUGACAGGAUUCACCGAUAUCGAAAUCAUUGAUUUGGAUACGAUAGACGUUAGCAAUUUAAAUAGACAAUUUUUAUUUCAAAAGAAACACGUGGGAAAAUCGAAAUCUGAUGUUGCAAGAGAAACAGCAUUGACAUUUAAUCCUGAUGCAAAAAUAGUCCAUUAUCAUGACAGUAUUACAUCUCCUGAUUAUGGUGUAUCAUUUUUUAAUAAAUUCACAUUAGUUAUGAAUGCACUUGAUAAUCGAGCAGCUAGAAAUCAUGUGAAUCGAAUGUGUUUAGCAGCAGAUGUACCCUUAAUAGAAUCUGGCACUGCUGGUUAUGAAGGGCAAGUAGAACUUAUAAAGAAAGGAAUGAGUCAAUGUUAUGAAUGCACUCCAAAAGCUGCACAAAAAACAUAUCCUGGUUGUACAAUUCGUAAUACACCCAGCGAGCCUAUUCACUGUAUAGUAUGGGCAAAACAUUUAUUCAAUCAAUUAUUUGGCGAAGAAGAUCCUGAUCAAGAUGUUUCUCCAGAUACUGCUGAUCCAGAAGCAGCAGAUGCAGCAGGGGAAGGUGCUCUGAAUUCAGAAUCAAAUGAAAAGGGAAAUGUUAAUAGAGUUUCGACUAAAGCAUGGGCACAAGCAUGUAGCUAUGAUCCAGAAAAGUUAUUUACAAAAUUAUUUCACGAUGAUAUAAAAUAUUUGCUUAGUAUGGAUAAUUUAUGGAAGAAAAGAAGGCCACCUACUCCUUUGAGUUGGAAAGGACUACCAGAUGGAGUGCCAGGAUGUAGUAAAGAAGUAAAUGAGCCUGGCUUAAAAGAUCAACAACGUUGGAGUAUUUCUAAAUGCGGCUCAGUCUUCGCCGAAUCGAUAAAAAAUUUAAGCAAAACUUUGAAAGAUUCUCAAGAAAAGUCACCAAAUAAUCAUCUUGUUUGGGAUAAGGACGAUCAAAGUUCAAUGGACUUUGUUGCAGCGUGUGCUAAUAUAAGAGCUUACAUUUUCGGUAUCCCUCAAAAAACAAGAUUCGAUAUAAAAUCAAUGGCAGGCAAUAUAAUUCCAGCAAUUGCGACUACGAACGCAAUAGUUGCUGGUAUAGUUGUUCUCCAUGCAUUUCGUAUUCUUGUGAAUAAUCUAAAAGCAUGUAAAUCCGUGUACUUACGUUCAAAGAUGAAUCAUCGCAAUCAGUUACUGGUACCAGAGAAAAACGUCAAUCCACCGAAUCCGAAGUGUUAUGUUUGCGCGCCCAUGCCUGAAGCCGUACUAGCCGUUGAUACAUCUAAAAUGACAAUCAAAGAAUUAGAUGACGUAGUAUUGAAAAACAGGUUAAAUAUGAUUGCACCAGAUGUUAUGAUAGACGGGACAGGAACAGUUGUGAUUAGCAGCGAAGAAGGAGAAACAGAACAAAAUAAUGAUAAGCUUUUAGAAGAAUUAGGGAUCAAAGAUGGUACCAUUCUUAAGGUCGACGAUUUUCAACAAAAUUAUUCGCUAACUGUAACCGUGGUCUAUAGAGAGCGACCAAAUUUAAAAAGUGAAAGUCCCGACUUCCUUAUCUUAGCUGAUGAGAAAGAUCUUAAACCUAAAGAAGAUAACGAUUUGAUAAAACCAUCUACUUCGAAUGGUCAGGUGGAGUAUCAAACCGAUGACAAUGUAGUCAUUGUUGAUACUGACGUCGUUUUAUCAGACGUGCCGAAAAAACGUAAAAUCGAAAUUUCUGGUGGUAUCGUAUCCCCCAAAAAAAGAAAAAUGGAAGUUAGUGAUACAGAUGAUAAUGAUAUCUCUAUCAUUGAAAAUGAUGUAAAUAAUGAUGAUACCCUGGAUGAUAAAAAAUCAAAAUCUAAACGUAAAAUUUCAGAUGAUGAUGACUGCUUAAUUGUGUAUGACGAUAAUAUGCAAUCGACUGCAGUUCUGCAGUGACUGAAAUAAAUAAACUGAAAUACCUUACUCAAACGUUAAAAUAA